CACCGAUACCACCACCGAUACCACGAAAUACGUACUUCUUCUGCUGCACCAGCUCCAGCUCGAGGCCACCCACCCUACAGUAGCCUCGUCUCGGAUUAAUUCAUCAAAUCGAGCGCUUGGCAUCAUUCCUUCAAGGGUGACGACAGCCUCGCCCAGCACAGCACACAAGAAAGUUCGUCAUCAAUUCAUUUCCCAAUCCCCCCAACGGUCGUUACUCCAACUCUUGAUAUCACACGCCUGCCCCUCGUGGCGUACAAACACCCCACCCCUUGCAUCAAAAGGACCCCUCGUUCAGCCACGACACCCCCUUGCUUCGUUUCGCCGCGGGCGACCCGCUCUCCAAUCCCAUGCUCCUCCCUAAAGGCGGCGCGACGACGUGGAAGUCGGCGCGCUCCCGCUUCCCGCCCUCGCGCGCGGUGUGGGUUUUCGUUACGAGGACGAGGUUUCUGCUUGGAGUGGCGCUGUUUGGGGUUGUGCUUUUGACAUGGAGGAGUAUUCGAGCUUCGGCGGCGGAUAUGCAGAGGUUUUACUGCUGGGGACCGUCCAAGUCGCCCAUGCAUAUGUCGGCGAAUGAGUACAGCGAGUGGACACGCAAUCUCCAGACGCCGGUGCUGUUUAACCACCACGCCCCCAUCGUUGUCAACUCAUCCAGCAUCCAACGCAUCGACAUGAACACCUUCACCUCCACCCCCACCGCGGCCUCCAACGGCGAGCGCGUCCUCCUCCUCACCCCCCUCCGCGACGCCUCCCGCUACCUCAGCAAAUACUUCGACCUCAUCUCCCAACUCACCUACCCGCACCACCUCAUCGACCUGGGCUUCCUCGUCGGCGACUCCACAGAUGACACCCUCGCCGUUCUCUCCGCCGAGCUCGAGCGCAUCCAGAAGCGCCAGGACAGCGUAUCUUUCAACAGCGUGACGAUCAUCGAGAAGGACUUCGGCGCCGCUGGGAUCGUGGGCAUGGACGUCGACAACCGGCACGGGUUCAAGGCGCAGGCGCCGCGGCGGAAGUCGAUGGCGCGGGCGCGCAACUACCUGCUGUAUGCGACGAUGAAGCCGGAGCACUCGUGGGUGUACUGGCGGGACGCGGAUAUCGCGGAGAGCGCGCCGGAGGUCUUGGAGGACCUGAUUGCGCAUGAUAAGGAUGUGAUUGUGCCGAAUAUCUGGUUUCAUCGGUAUAAGGAGGUGGAUGGGAAGAUGGUGGAUGUGGAGGGCAGGUUUGAUUAUAAUUCGUGGAUUGAGACGGAUAAGGGGAGGAAGCUGGCGGCGAAGUUGGCGAAGGAUGAUAUUCUUGUGGAAGGUUACAAGGAACAUUAUGAUACCGGCAGGCGGUAUAUGACGACAGAAGGCGACUAUCGCGAAGACAAGGACGUCGAGUGGCAGCUCGACGGCAUUGGAGGCGUCAACAUUGUCGUCAAAGCCGACGUCCACAAGUCUGGCAUCAACUUCCCCUGCUACGCCUUCGAGAACCAGGCCGAGACGGAGGGCUUCGCAAAGAUGGCCAAGCGCGCGAAAUACGAAGUCGUCGGCCUCCCCAACUACGUCGUCUGGCACAUCGACACGGACGAGAAGCCGCGCUAAUACCUUUUUUUCUUCUUCUUUUAUUUUAUUUUAAUCCGGGACGGCGGCGGAAUAAUGGGUGGUUUUUUUGUACAGAAUAGGGGAAAAAACUGUUUGUAUGAAGAAUGAAGAAUGAUAUUGAUGGGCGGAUUGGGCGAUUGCCUUGACGCUCUGGCUGGCUGGUGGAUUUUACUGGAAGUGGACAGGGGCGAAGGAAUGUCUACCGUACCAGAUGGGGCUCGAGGAUGAGGAUGAGGAUGGGAUGUGAAUGGGGGACUCAAGUCGCCAUUCUACUUGGCUGGCUUGUAUAACAGUUUGACGGACGAGACGGGAGGGCCUCAUGGAUGAUGCGCUGUUUUAGAGGGGUAGAGCGCGAGGCCUGUCUUUUUCCUCUCACUUUCUCGGGUAUGCUAGGUUGACGGCGUGGCUGUUGCUGCGUGUUGUCGUUAGGGAUGUGGGGAGGUCAUAGCCUGUACAGACUUGCCGGGUGGUUCUACUCGGCGCUCGUUCUCUGUAGAUAUGUUUAUUACGAGAAUGCUGAUGAGAGAAUGUGAGAUAAUUGGAAGGGUAAUAUUUGGAGCCUCAUUUGUGGCAUUUGUAGACAAU